AUGGCGACACAACAGAUUCUUUUUUCUGAGACGGUGGCCGCUAUGAAAAAGGCCCUCAAGCGCAAAAGCUACGAAUCUGACUCGGAUGAUGAGAUUGACCACUACGGGAAUCGCGGCCACAAGCUUAAAAAGCGUGCCCUCUUCUCCCACCAGGGCCAACUGGCGCCGCCCUCGGGCCCCGAAGUCUACAACGAAAUCAUCGACUACGCCGGACAGCAGCGCACGAUAAUCAGCCGUAACCCACCCAUCGUGGACGAAGAGGGAUACGAGAUUGACAGCGACGAUGAUGAGGAGCGCAUCCAGGAGGCUGUCUCCUCGGCCACCGAGCUCGACCCCUACGCCAACAUUCGGAUUGAGCAGAUCCUAGCUCCUUUGACUGUCUCGACCGACCUCCCCAGUCAUCCCACUCUCUCCAAACCCUUCACUGCCAAGACGUUAGACGAGAUCGCCGAGCAAAGCUGCGAAGUGCGACGCAAGGAAAACGCGUCUCUGUGGAGAGUCAGACAUCUCUUCACGAGGCUCUGCGGCGAUUACACAUGGGUGCCGUGCGGUGCGAUGGUCGGGCCCGACGAUGCUGAUCUUUACUCGACCGAUUAUGUGGAGCGCGGCUACUCGCGCAAGACGAAGGCGACUGUCGCCGGCGGACUCGACGAUGCUUCGUCCGGAACAGCGAGCGGCAAUGCGAGACUGGAGCAAGCGCCAAACGGCACGAACGGCGAAUCCUCGGGCGAUAAGCAGAGCAGCGACGGAGACAUUGCCAUGACCGAUGCAUGCUCAGACAAGGGGGAAGCCCGGAAGCAGGCGUCUGAAAAGUCAACAGAGGACACACAUACCGCUGGCGAGGCAUCGCGGCCAACGAACGGCCAGGUACCGAAGAGCUCCGCGGCCCCAAAAACAGCACAGGAGGAGAGUGUUGCCGAUAGGAAACAGAAGCAAAGGGCUGUUGACGUUGAGAUGCAUGAGGGCCAGGCGGCACCUCCAUCGCAACCUGGAGCAGAGGUAGCGGAACGCAACGGAACGCAUGCGCCGUCAAUAGCAUCGGAGACGGUGGACGAGACAUUCGUGCACCCGUUCUUCCGGCCGCCGCCCAACGCUCGGCCAGACCGGGAUGUGGGUCUUCCGGAGGCCGAGGCCGAGGAUAUCCGGCGGCUGCUCGCGCUCUACGUGCAGAAGCAGGAGGAGGUCUGCCGUGGAGCCAUGAAACUGCACGAAGGCCUCCUCAAGGCUAACCGGCUGCGCAAGACAGUACUUCAGUGGUCCAAGGCGGAGGCGCAUAGCGGAGCGAACCGGGACAUGUCGGACGGCGAGGACUGGUACGACAAGGAGGAGUGGGGACUGACGGAGGACCUCAAGAAGGGCCAGGACGACGAGGAAGAAGACACGGGUACCGUGGCCAAGAAGACUAGGAAUCGCAGGCACUUCCACGUUCUACCCCAGCCCCCUCCACUUCACUCCCAGGCUCUCUUUCCUCCCCCCGAAGGCCGCCGAAACCCCCCGCCCCGUCUGCCCGCGAAGAAAAAGAAGGUGCACCCAUGCAUUGCAGCAUUACAGCGUUAUGAUGAGACGCUAUGGCCAGGUGUCUCCACUAACAUAAAUACCUGGGGUGGAGCAGAGCUUCUGUCACAAGCAAGCAAAUGCUCUCAACUCUUCUUCCUACGCCUGUCUGUCCUCAACGCUUCUUUUCAAAAGAGCUCAGUUUUUGCCCGAGGAGGAAAACAAAAUAAAAAUAAAGACACGAAAAACUCCGAAUCGCUUCAACCCUCCGAUUCCAUCACUCUCCGGAACCCGAUCCCAAUCAUGGCGCCUGUCGAGAUCGAGAGCAAGGCCCUGGUCGACUUCAAUCAGAAGAGCUUGUUCGUUUCUGCUGCCGCCAUUGCGUUCAACCCCCUGUUCUGGAACAUCGUUGCGAGACAAGAGUACAAGAACAAGGUCCUCACAAAGCUCUUUGGCGGACGCUCCCAGACCGCCUGCUACGGCCUGGCCGUCACUAUCUUCUCUCUCGGCAUCUUCCGUGACCUCCUCUACGAACGCGCCCUUCGCUUCCAACCCGCCCACCCUCUGCUCUCGUCCGAUGCGGUGACCUAUGUCGGAUAUGCCCUCGUGGCCUGUGGCAACGUUCUCGUUCUCUCUUCGACGUGGCAGCUGGGCAUCACCGGCACCUUCCUUGGUGACUACUUCGGCAUCCUCAUGGACAGCAUUGUGACUGGCUUCCCCUUCAACAUCACCGAUGCCCCGAUGUACAAUGGCUCCACAAUGAGCUUCCUUGGCGCCGCUCUCAUCUACGGCAAGCCCGCCGGCAUCCUGCUGACCGUUUGGGUCUACAUCGUCUACCAAGUUGCCCUGAGCUACGAGAACCCCUUCACCGCCGGCAUCUAUGCCAAGAGGGACCGCGAGCGUGCCGCCGGCAAGGACACCAAGAAGGCUAGGUGA